AUGCGCGAUGAGUCCUCUUCCGACUCUCUCAUCCCCGGCCGCCACGUCUCCAGGGGAAUGAGGCUACUCGUCAACCUCUACAAGAUUCAGCGCGACCAGACCGUGUGGUCGCCGGAUAUCCCGACGAGUUUCGGCCGGAGAGAUUUCUCACAGCGAGGGAGCACAAGGAUGUUGAUGUUAAGCGUCAGAGCUUCGAGAUGA